CUAAUCCGGUGGCCAACCCAUCUUUGUACAGAUUCGUCACGCGUCAUGCUGGCGAAGUCCGCAAAAGCCAUUGAAAUGAUACGAAGGAAGGGUUCGUUGCAUGAAUGAACAUGGAGGUCCGGUGGCAGCGGGCGAUGCAGAAAAGGGUAAAGAGGGAGAUUUGGAGAUUACUGGAGACAGACAAGGGAAGAUUAACAGGUAGAUUCUUGUUCGCAAUCGACUUAGUUACUCGUUACUGUGUACGUAGUCUCAGUGGAAGUCUACGAAUGUGUCUGUGUGUGAGAGAGGUGCGUUACUCUCCGAUGUGGUGGUGGUGGUGGUGGUGGAACAUCUCUCUCCUGGGAACAAUAUAUGGAUGGGAUGGCUCGCUCGUCCGCCUCGCAGUCUUGACUCUUGAGUGUCGUGGAUAAUUCCCAUACCAUUGCUUCACUUGCUUCAUUUGCUUCAUUGCGAAUCCAGUCGUCCAUUCGUUACUCAUUCAGUCGUUUUCCCUAUCGUCGUUCAAUAAUACCCACACCCGGCAGUACCCUUCCGUACGUACCUACACGUACCUACACUAUAGUCACUACACCACACGCAUACCAUCCAUCCACACCGC